AUGUCUCGGGCACCCGAAUCGCCUUCUCAGGCUGACACCUCGAUGACUGAUGUCAAUGAUGAUGUUAUCCCCUCCGUCCCAGUUGACGCGCCUGAAUCGGAUACCAAUCCCAAUACAACCGCGAGCAGCAUCGCAGGCGAUGUGACGCAGGCUGAUGGCCGCAAACGCAAAUCGGAGGCUACAGAAUUGAGGAAGAACAUCCUGGGUAAAAAGCAGAAGACGCUUGAUGAGUCCAAGGAAGAUGAUUCCAUCCGUCGUUUCCGAUACCUUCUUGGUCUGACCGACCUUUUCCGUCAUUUCAUCGAGACCAACCCCAACCCUCGUAUCAAGGAGAUCAUGGCAGAGAUCGACCGCCAGAAUGCGGAAUCCGAAGCCAAAGCUCGCAAGGGCUCGGCUCGCUCCGGUGGUGCAGGUGGCGAACGCCGACGCCGAACUGAGCAGGAGGAAGACGCCGAGCUUCUGCAGGAUGAGAAGAGCGGCGGCGAGACCACCACUAUUUUCCGAGAGUCACCCAGUUUCAUCCGGGGUGAGCUCCGUGAUUACCAGAUCGCCGGUCUUAACUGGCUUGUUUCUUUGCACGAGAAUGGUAUCUCCGGUAUCCUGGCCGACGAGAUGGGUCUGGGUAAGACCCUGCAGACUAUUUCUUUCCUGGGUUACCUGCGCUACGUCUGCGACAUCACUGGUCCCCAUUUGGUUGCUGUGCCCAAGUCAACUCUGGACAACUGGAAGCGCGAGUUUGCCAAGUGGACUCCUGAAAUGGAUGUUCUCGUCCUUCAGGGUGACAAAGAAGAGCGACAGCGCCUUAUCAACGAACGUCUGAUUCCUGAAAGCUUCGACGUCUGCAUUACCAGCUACGAGAUGAUCCUCCGAGAAAAAUCGCACUUGAAGAAGUUUGCGUGGGAAUACAUCAUUAUCGACGAGGCUCACCGUAUUAAGAACGAGGAGUCGUCUUUGUCGCAGAUCAUUCGUCUUUUCAACUCGCGCAAUCGUUUGCUGAUUACCGGUACCCCUCUGCAAAACAAUCUCCAUGAGCUCUGGGCCCUUCUCAACUUCCUGCUCCCUGAUGUUUUUGGCGAUUCGGAGGCUUUCGAUCAAUGGUUCACGAACCAGGAAUCGGACCAAGAUACCGUGGUGCAGCAGCUGCACCGUGUCCUUCGUCCUUUUCUCCUUCGACGUGUGAAGAGUGACGUCGAAAAAGAGCCUGCUCCCCAAGCAGGAAAUGAAUUUGUCAAAUGGUACCAGAAAAUUCUGGAAAAAGAUAUCGACGCUGUGAACGGCGCAUCAGGCAAGCGAGAGUCCAAGACUCGUCUGUUGAACAUUGUGAUGCAACUGCGAAAGUGUUGCAACCACCCUUACCUCUUCGAGGGGGCUGAGCCUGGCCCUCCCUACACGACUGAUGAGCACCUUAUCUACAACUCCGGGAAAAUGUCUAUUUUGGACAAGCUCCUCAAGCGCAUGAAGGCCAAUGGAAGCCGAGUUCUUAUCUUCUCCCAAAUGAGCCGUGUGUUGGACAUCCUUGAAGAUUACUGUGUAUUCCGGGAUUACAAUUACUGUCGUAUUGACGGUACCACCGCCCACGAGGACCGUAUCGCUGCGAUUGAUGAUUACAACAAGCCUGAUUCUGACAAGUUCAUCUUCCUGCUCACUACGCGAGCUGGUGGUCUCGGUAUCAACCUAACUACAGCUGAUAUCGUGGUGCUCUUUGACAGUGACUGGAACCCUCAGGCAGAUCUGCAGGCUAUGGACCGAGCUCACCGAAUCGGCCAAACCAAACAGGUUAAAGUCUUCCGGUUCGUCACCGAAAAUGCGAUCGAGGAGAAGGUUCUCGAGCGCGCAGCUCAAAAGUUGCGUUUGGAUCAACUGGUCAUUCAACAAGGACGGGCUCAGCAACAAGCGAAGGCUGCCGCUUCCAAAGACGAACUACUCGGUAUGAUUCAGCAUGGUGCCGCUAAAGUCUUCGAGACCGAGCGCGUCCCUGGGAAAGAGGACAGCACCAAGGAUAUCACCGAGGACGACUUCGACUCCAUCUUACGAAAGGGUGAAGAGCGUACCGCCGAGCUGAACAAGAAGUAUGAAAAGCUUGGUAUCGAUGAUUUGCAGAAGUUCAGCUCCGAAAGUGCCUACGAGUGGAACGGCAAGGACUUUACUGAGCGCAAGAAGGAUAUUGGCGUCAAUUGGAUUAAUCCAGCCAAGCGUGAACGCAAGGAGCAAUUCUACUCGAUUGACAAGUACUAUCGGCAAGCUCUUGCGACUGGCGGCCGUACCGCAGACACCAAGCCGAAGGUCCCCCGUGCUCCGAAGCAGAUCACGGUGCAUGAUUGGCAGUUCUUCCCGCCCGGUCUUCAGGACCUCCAGGAGAGGGAAACGGCAGCUUUCCACAAGGAGAUCGGCUACAAAGCUGUUCUCCCCGACGGUCCAGAGGAAGAGCUCAGCGAGCGUGAGGCGGAGCGCGAUUUGGAGCAACAGGAGAUUGACAACUCCACGCCUCUGACCGAAGAGGAGCAGGCUGAGAAGGCCCGCAUGUCAGAGAACGGCUUCUCCAACUGGAACCGUCGCGAUUUCCAACAAUUCAUUAACGGCACCGCCAAGUUUGGCAAGACCGAUUACGUUGGCAUUGCCACAGAGGUUGACAGCAAGGAGCCACAUGAAAUCGCGGAGUACGCCGAGGUGUUCUGGCGGCGAUACAAGGAGAUCCAAGACUAUCCGAAGUAUCUCCGUGUGAUCCAGCAAGGCGAGGAGAAGCUGCAGAAGAUGAACCACCAACGGAAGAUGUUGCGCAAGAAGAUGGAAAUGUACCGCGUGCCUCUGCAGCAGCUCAAGAUCAACUAUACUGUCUCUACGACCAACAAGAAGGUUUACACCGAGGAGGAAGACCGUUUCCUCCUGGUCAUGCUGGACAAGUAUGGCGUUGAGGGCGAUGGCCUGUACGAGAAGAUCCGUGACGAGAUUCGCGACUCGCCCUUGUUCCGAUUUGACUGGUUCUUCCUGAGCCGUACCCCCGUGGAAAUCGGCCGUCGCUGCACUACCCUGCUGAAUACCAUUGCCAAGGAGUUUGAGCCCGAUAGCAAGACCAACGGCGAGGGCAAGGGCCGAGGCCGAGACCGCGAUGAGGAGGAUGAGAAUGAAGAGGCGGCUCCUGCAAAGAAGAAGGCCAAGAAUGGCACCACGGCAAAGGGCAAGCAAACCAAGGCCGGCAGCAAGACUACAUCGGCUACUACUUCCCGCGUAGCCAGUGUUUCAAAUGGGCCCAAGAGAGGCCGCAAGAGAUGA